AAAAGGGGCCCGCGCGUGUUACCAGCUGCUAGCGACAACCUGAACCCAUAAAUCCCGUUGAGCCCCGUCAGUGCGCGCUGCUGUUGGCACUGUCAGAUCUUUUAUCAGUUGUCGUUUUAAAACGUAUUUUUAAAUAGUCAUUUUAUUUGCUCUAACUUGAAAUGCCUACCAGGACCUCUUUGUCUCUGCCAGAGGAUGUCAAGGAACGGCUUCAGGUACUGGAUGAAGGGGGAGACCGCUUGACAGAUGAGGAGUGUGUAAAGGAUAAGCUCAGGUUACUGCAGGAGUUCCUGCUCGCUGAUACUCAGGACCAGCUCAAAAUCCUUGAGGACAAAUUAAAGAGCUCUGAGCUGACCACUGAGGUUUACACGUCAGAGGUGAAGGCAGUGCUGAAGAAAGCUCUGGGAGUUGGCAAGGAGGAUGGAGCCGAACAGAAUGGACACUCAAAUGGAUUGUCUGAAAAUGGUUCUCAUAAAGACGAUGGUGUGCAGGAGGGUGCCAUGGAAAGUCAGGAGGAAGAUGCUGUAAAGUCUCCUAGUGGCCCGAGGGGAAAGGGCCGUCGCAGUAAAGCAGAUGCUGAGCCCAAGAAAUCUCCAGCCAGUACUAGGGUUACACGUAACUCUGGGAAACAGCCAACUAUCCUGUCCAUGUUCUCUAGAGUCCCAAAACGCAAGUCUGAUGAUCUUAUUGUCGAAACCACACAUGAGAAUAAAGAAGAGAAAACUGAGGAAGAUGUUACAGAAAACGUCCACGAGGAGAAGCGCUUGAAAACGGAGACUGAAGAUCCUGUCACUGAGAACUCUACUAAUGGGAAGGUGAAGCCUGUGUCUACUGCCAAGACGCCUCCACCAAAGUGUCCUGACUGCCGGCAGUAUCUGGAUGAUUCAGACCUUAAGUUCUUCCAAGGAGAUCCUGAUGAUGCACUGGAUGAACCAGAGAUGUUGACCGAUGAACGUCUCUCCCUCUUUGAUGCGAAUGAAGAUGGUUUUGAGAGUUAUGAAGACCUGCCCCAGCACAAGAUAACAAACUUCAGUGUUUACGACAAGCGUGGGCACCUGUGUCCGUUUGACUCUGGCCUCAUCGAGAAAAAUGUGGAACUGUACUUCAGUUGUGCGGUUAAGCCCAUCUAUGAUGACAACCCAUGCAUGGAUGGUGGUGUUCCUGCCAAAAAGCUUGGACCCAUUAAUGCAUGGUGGAUCACUGGUUUUGAUGGCGGGGAGAAAGCUUUAAUUGGCUUCACUACAGCCUUUGCUGACUACAUCCUAAUGGACCCCAGUGAGGAGUAUUCUGCCAUUUUUGCUUUGAUGCAAGAGAAGAUCUACAUGAGCAAGAUUGUGGUUGAAUUUCUACAGAAGAACCAGGAUGCCACAUAUGAGGACCUGCUAAACAAAAUUGAGACGACCGUUCCUCCUGCUGGGCUGAACUUCAACCGCUUCACUGAAGACACGCUCCUGCGUCACGCCCAGUUUGUGGUGGAGCAGGUGGAGAGUUACGAUGAGGCCGGAGACUCUGAUGAGCAGCCCAUUAUUGUUACUCCAUGCAUGCGAGACUUGAUCAAGCUGGCAGGUGUCACUUUGGGCAAGAGCAGGCAGCUGUACUGGAGAGCUGCCAGGAGACAGUCCAUACGUCAUCCCACAAAGAUUGAAAAGGACAUCAAGGGUCCCACUAAAGCCACCACCACCAAACUGGUUUACCAGAUCUUUGACACCUUCUUCUCUGAUCAGAUCGACCAAAACAGUAAGGAGGGAGGAAUCAAGAGACAGCGCUGUGGUGUCUGUGAGGUUUGUCAAGCUCCAGACUGUGGCAAGUGUUCAGCCUGUCAAGACAUGAUCAAGUUUGGAGGCAGUGGCAGAACCAAACAGGCCUGUCAGAAGAGGAGAUGUCCCAACAUGGCAGUGAAGGAAGCUGAGGACGAUGAGAAUAUCGAUGAGGAUGAUGUCUUGCCACUUCUUAAAGACACCAAGAAAACGUCAAAGACCAAGAAUAAAAAGCAGACCAAGAACAAGCUCAGCUGGGUGGGAGAGCCCAUCAAGACCGAGGGAAGGAAGCGGUAUUACAUGAAGGUGCGUGUGGAGAAUGAGGUGGUGGAGGUGGGAGACUGUGUCUCUGUUAGCCCUGCUGACCCAUCCCAUCCCCUCUACUUGGCCAGGAUUACAGCACUAUGGGAGGAUGGCGAGAAAAUGUUUCAUGCUCACUGGUUUUGCCGUGGCACAGAUACAGUUCUUGGAGAAUCCUCUGAUCCUCUGGAGCUCUUCCUUGUGGAUGAUUGUGAAGACAUGCAGCUGAGUUUUGUCCAAGGCAGGGUCGACGUCCUUUACAAAGCUCCAUCUGAAAACUGGUUCAUGGAGGGUGGAAUGAUUGACGACAUUAAAGUGAUUGAGGAUGAUGGCAAAAGUUUCUUUUACCAGCUUUGGUAUGAGCCUGGUUGUGCUCGCUUUGAAAUGCCUCCCAAGGUCAUGCUGUCUGAGGACGGCAAGUACAAGUUCUGUGCCAACUGCAUCAGGCAUAAGGAACAACAUGUUCAGGACACACCUCAAGUCUUUGAACUUUUGAAGGAUGAGGAGAGGGGUACUAAAGUCUUCUAUGCAUUGGCAACUGUGAAGGGAGAGCAGUUCAGAGUAGGAGACAGUGUCUAUCUACCACCUGAUGCCUUUAAUUUUGGGAUUAAGGUAGCGAGCCCUGUGAAGCGUUCUCACAGGAAGGAUGAUGUUGAUGAAGAUCUUUACCCAGAAUACUACAGGAAAUCCUCAGACUAUAUCAAGGGAUCCAACCUGGAUGCGCCAGAGCCCUUCCGCAUCGGACGCAUCAAAGAAAUUUUCUGCAGCAAGCGGAGCAAUGGAAAGCCAGACACAACUGAGAUCAAGUUGCGCCUCUAUAAAUUUUACAGACCAGAGAACACUCAUAAAGGGCCAAAGGGUGCUUAUCACUCUGACAUAAACCAGCUGUACUGGAGCGAUGAGGAAGUGACUGUGAACAUGUCUGAGGUGCAGGGACGCUGUCUUGUGGAGUACGCAGAAGACCUUGUAGAAAGCGUGCAGGACUAUUCUAAAAGAGGACCUGAUUGCUUUUAUUUCCUGGAGGCUUACAAUUCGAAGACCAAGAGCUUUGAGGAUCCUCCCAAUCAUGCCCGAUCAGCUGUGAAUAAAGGUAAAGGGAAAGGAAAAGGUAAAGGGAAGGGGAAGGGGAAAGCUGCCUCCCAGGAGUCACAGGAUGUGGAGCCGCAAGAGCCUACGGUCCCCAAACUGCGCACACUGGAUGUGUUCUCUGGUUGUGGUGGUCUGUCUGAAGGUUUCCAUCAAGCAGGUAUCUCUGAGACUCAUUGGGCCAUUGAGAUGUGGGACCCUGCUGCUCAGGCCUUCAGGUUGAACAACCCUGGCACCACAGUAUUCACAGAGGAUUGCAACGUCCUGUUGAAGUUAGUGAUGUCUGGAGAGAAGACCAACUCUCUUGGACAGAAGCUGCCACAGAAGGGUGACGUAGAGAUGCUCUGCGGUGGACCACCCUGCCAAGGCUUCAGUGGAAUGAACCGCUUUAAUUCUCGCACGUACUCUAAGUUCAAGAACUCUUUGGUCGUCUCUUAUCUGAGUUAUUGUGACUACUACAGACCCAAGUACUUCCUACUGGAGAAUGUGAGGAACUUUGUGUCAUUCAAGCGCUCCAUGGUCCUGAAGCUCACGUUGCGCUGUCUGGUGCGCAUGGGAUACCAGUGCACAUUUGGUGUGCUUCAGGCAGGGCAGUAUGGGGUGGCCCAGACAAGACGCAGGGCGAUCAUCCUGGCUGCUGCGCCCGGUGAAAAGCUUCCUCGCUACCCUGAACCACUGCAUGUGUUUGCCCCACGGGCAUGCUCUCUCAGUGUGGUGGUUGAUGAGAAGAAAUACUUCAGCAAUGUCACCCGUGGAAACGGUGGUGUUUAUCGCACAAUCACGGUACGGGACACCAUGUCUGACCUUCCAGAAAUCCGUAAUGGAGCCGCUGCUCUUGAGAUCUCGUAUAACGGUGAGCCACAGUCCUGGUUCCAGAGACACAUUCGUGGCUCACAGUACCAGCCCAUCCUCAGGGACCACAUUUGUAAGGACAUGAGUGCCUUGGUGGCUGCCCGUAUGCGUCACAUUCCCCUGGCUCCUGGUUCUGAUUGGAGAGAUCUGCCUAACAUCGAGGUGCGGUUGCAGGAUGGCACUUCCACUAAAAAGCUUCGUUACUCCCACUCCGACAAGAAGAAUGGGCGCAGUGGCACUGGUGCUCUGAAAGGAGUGUGUUCCUGUGCUGAAGCAGGAAAACCAUGUGACCCUGCAGACAGACAAUUUAACACUCUUAUUCCCUGGUGUCUGCCUCACACGGGUAAUCGCCACAACCACUGGGCGGGCCUGUAUGGACGACUGGAAUGGGACGGUUUCUUCAGCACUACAGUUACCAAUCCCGAGCCUAUGGGAAAACAGGGACGUGUGUUGCACCCUGAACAGCACCGUGUGGUGAGUGUCAGGGAAUGCGCUCGCUCCCAGGGCUUCCCAGACACGUAUCGAUUCUUUGGCAACGUUCUAGACAAACACAGACAGGUUGGGAAUGCUGUGCCUCCACCCCUCUCCAAAGCCAUUGGACUGGAAAUCAAGAAAUGUGUCCUUGAGAGGAUGAGAGAAAAUGCUACAGAGUCUGUGAAGCAGGAGAAGAUGGAGGUUUGUGAUUGAAGCCAUCUUGUUCCACAAAGCCACAAAAUCUAGCGUUUUGCUUGAGCAAUGACUUGUUAAAUUCAUUCUAUGAUUCAUGUGCUGUUUUGGAGCCCAGCCACUUCAGUGGCGUUUUUAUGGACAGUCUGUGCAGUGCCAUUUAUGUGAUGUUUAUCUGUUUUUAAAUGUGAUUUUUAACCAUGUCUUUGCAAUAUCCAUUAAGAGGUGUAAAUUCUAUGUAGUUUUUAUAUGUUGUAAUAUUUCAAAUAAAGCUCUUAUUAAAUGGUUUAACUGCUUUGUAAUUGACUUGUAUUCUUCUGUUUAAUUUUUUUUCCCUCUAAAGAUCUAAUAAAUAGCCA